AAAACUUAAAGCAGUAAUAACUCUUUCUAUUUCUAUGCAGUGAACAAUGUAUCUGUGCGCGCGUGAGUAUGUGUGCUUGCAAGUAUGCGCGUGCACCACUCUCCUCACUUGAGCACGAGCUGGGAUUGGAAAGUUAGAGCUGGAAGGGAAGUCAGUGUGUUUUGGUUCUGACGCUGAAACAUCCGCGUGAGUGCUUUCUGAUAAGGUGGACGAAAGUGAAUGAAGGCGGCUGGGUGCUCUGGAGAAAAAGGGGAAUUACUAACCUUUAGUAAAUGAUGUUAUUAUCCACUCAAGAACACCUGCAAACGCUUGGCACAACACACCACAAUUGUAAGGAUUAAAGUAUCUGAGCAAGGUGCAACUUUAGACCCCUUGGACACCCCUGAGCUUCUCUCGGCGUGAUGGAUGCAGAGGUGGUUCUGAAGGAGGAGGACUUGGAGGGCUCGUGGACGCUGCUCUCUUGGAUGGCGUCCUGCGUCAUGGUGUUCGGGGGAGCCCUGCCCUAUGUCCCACAGUACCAGGAUAUCCAGAGGAGCAGCAACAGCGAGGGCUUCUCCACAAGAGUCUGCCUGGUGCUGCUCAUAGCCAACAUCCUGCGCAUUUUUUUCUGGAUAGGGAAGCAGUUUGAGCUCACCCUGCUGCUCCAGAGCGUGGUGAUGAUCCUCACCAUGUUCGCCAUGCUCCACCUGUGCUGCACGGUCCAAAACACCAACCAAGUGAGCACCAAGCAACACCGACUUUUAGACUUGGACUUUCACUACUUCUGGAAGUGGAGCGCGUUUGAGGACUACCUGCUCUUUUGCUUCGGCUUCACCGUGCUGUGUGCCGUUGUCACCCUGCUGCUCCUGGACUCUGCCGUGUUUGUGGAGACACUGGGCUCCCUGGCUGUGAUGUUUGAGGCCAUGCUGGGGAUGCCGCAGCUGCUACAAAACUUCCAAAACCAGUCCACCAAAGGCAUGAGCGUGAAGAUGGUGCUGCUGUGGACGGCCGGCGAUGUCUUCAAGACCACCUACUUUGUGAUGAACGAAAGCCCGGCUCAGUUCUGGGUUUGCGGUUCAGUCCAGAUCCUCAUAGACGUGGCCAUCCUACUGCAGGUCCUCUUCGACAGCCAAGACACCCGGGUCAAACUAGGUUGAACAUGGAUGUUGGUUUGUGAAAUGUAAAAAAACAGGAUUUGUAUGUAAAUUUCAACAAGUUUGAUCUUUUUAAGCUUUUUAAUAUCAGCUGCAAAGUUGAUGGGGGACAUUUAGCAUCAAGGACAGAGAAAAACAAAGUCACAAUAGAUUUUUAGUCUUCAGCCUUGAUUCAAAGUAUUCUUUAAUAUGGGUAUCAUGCAGACCCAAACAAUUUACCUUCAAGUGCAAUUAAGUGAACCGUUUUAGCCUUGAUCAAACUGCUUAGUAUAUUCAGUCACACACUCAUAAACAAACACCUUUGCCUUUAAAUUUUUAAGAAGAUAAGGCAGUAUUCUAGUGUAUUUUUAGCAUUUAUACUAUGUAUUUGUUCUCUGUUAAACAUAACCUGGACCCUGAAGUGUAGUGGGCAUGGAAACUGUAAGAGGGAAACAUUACUCACGCUGGCAGCUCACUAACAGCAGAUCUAUGCUGCUGUACUGGCAGCUGAAGCAACCAGUCCGACACUGGUAGCCCUGCACUGAAAUCUGCUGCCUGACUGAUGAGUCUCUUAUUUCACACGCUACACCUCACUGGACUGUUCUUGUGCGUGUUUUUCUCUGUGUGUUUGGGUGUGGUAUGCUUGCUGAUGUGUCUGUGCAGCUGAGAUUGAUUUUUGCCAUUGGCAUCCAGCGCCAAGCCAAGGCCAGAGAACAUACAUCAAGUAAUGGUAGCUACAUAGGACAUCAAUCUUUGUGAUAUGACUCUGAUGUGUGGUUAAUUGACAAGCAAUGCAGGUCUUCCGCAAAGUAUAGAAAAACAAUUUUAAAAAUGGGGCCAUGCUGCAGUGAUUGCACUGUUUUUCAGUCACAAAAUCUUUUGUAGACACCAAAGAACAAGUCAGACUUAAGAUCAAACUAGAUAUCACAAUAUAACAGUAUUACUGAAUAUGGGCAUUGUCAUUUGUUCACAUUUCAUCGUCCCAUUAGUUGUUUUUAGUAUCCCGUCUGAUGAGUCCUUUUACUCUUGUUCUUUGAGACAGUAACAGUGAAAGUAUAGGUCAUAAGCAUCGUGGAUAAGUAACAGUUUAAUCAACAUGAUCAGCAGGAAUAUUAGAGUAUAUUUUACCCUGAUCUUUUAUUGAACACAUUUAGUGUUAACACCCAUCAGCCCCUGCUGUUUCUUGACACCUACGAAAUAAAUACUUGAUUUGAAAAUAAGAAGUAGCAAACUGAGAAUUGGCUUCAUGCUGAAAGGAAUUACCUGUAGGUAGUGGGAAACAAAUUGCUGGUGUAGGGAGGCGGACACAAUCUUAUGUUUCAUUUAUCACAGGAGCAAAACUCUCCCUGGCAUUAUUAAUAUUUUCUUUGGGCCCUCCUUUAAAUAAAAAUAUCUCAAAGUAAUAUAGAACAAUAUUAAAUUAGUACAGCUUGAUUAAUUGUAUAAUCCAAAUAGCUACCAAUGCAGAUAUUGUGUUUGUCAUAUAUGUCAUAAUGUGUUUCCCGUUUAAAAUCCAUGGUAUAUAAACAUCAUUUGUAGGAGACAGGGCUGACAGAGGAGGCUCUGAAGGUACUGAGGGAGGGAAAUUUUAAAAAUAAAAAUCAAUUAGAUCAGAUAAUUUUAUAAUUUGUGUUCACAAUUAUGUUAUAUUUGUUACUGACCAUUGUAUAACCUACAAAGUGCCUGAGUUGUGUAACUGGUAACUGAGCUAUUUAUGUAAUUAUUAACUACAUUAAGGGAAGGUUAAACUAGAACAUGAAUGCAGGGUCAAGCACUAGUUUUGCCUCUAGGAUAAGCCCCCUGCCCACAGCCCAAAGAAAAAAAAAUUCUCUCCCCCUUUUCUGACCCCAACUUUUAGUAGAUCCUAGAGGGGCAAUCUUUGAAGCGUCUUCAUUCACCCAGAAAUGCCCCAUUAAACAGAGGACAGGUUAUGUAAUGCAUGCCAUUACAGAAACAUUAAAACCUUAUUCAGCCAUUCCAGCCUUCCAAACUGCAAAAGUGUUCACGGAUAUUUUAUUUAGAAGUUCUGCUUAUAAUCGAAACUCUAAUUUAAAAGCACAGCCUCUCAAGGCGAAUCGUGCUUUUUUCACCUGUUUCUCGGUAGUUUCCUCUCACAAAAGCACUGCAGGCUGAAACAAAUCAGCACCAGCAGCUGAUCAGUAGUCAGCACAGGUUUCUUUUUACUUACCUCUAGAGAUGAUUUAAUGAAGUAGUAAAGCUACUGUACCUACUUAUUGAGUCUUGCGGCCCCCUUUUUAACUUGGCAUCCAGUUUGUGUCUGUCUGUUAAUCUUUCCUGUCUGUUUUUUAGUUUCCCUUCAGUAAACAUCCUGUUAAAUUACACACUGCAGCAGUUAUGGGUUGCAUCUUACAGACAGCCUCCUCCUGCAGCAGUAUGCUUCAGCCAUAGGAUAGCAUUUGUAGAGGUCGCAAAACUGCAUCUCAGUGUAUUUCAGUAUUAUCCUCAGGUCCAGGAUGUAGAAAAUAUGACAGAGAAUUUUGGAAAUUUUUGGAAACAUAAAAAGUGGCUGAGUAUGAUGUCACGUUACCUCUGCUUUGAUAUUACAUCAGCUUUUUUGGGUUUUGAUUAUCAGUUAUUGUAUUGAAGCAAUAGUUUGACAUUUUGAGAACUGGCCUUCUUGCAGAAAGUUAGACAUUAGAAAGAUUGAUACCACUUUCAUGUCUCUACAAUAAAUAUGAAGCUACAGCCGCUAGCAGCCAGUUAGCUUAACAUAAGGUCUGUAAAAGGGGAAACAGUCUGUCUGGCUUUAUCCAAAGGUAACCAAAUCAACCUCCAGGAAGUUACUAGUACCAGCCAAGAUAUAGUACGGCACAUUACCCCCUUCCUAGAAUGGCUAAUUGUCAUUGCUGGAGAUGCUGAUUGGUUGGUUUUGUUACUGCUGGACAGAGCCAAUGCUAGCUGUUUCCACCUGUUUCCAGUCUUUAAGCUAAGCUAACUGGCUGCUGGCUGUAGCUUCAUGUUUACCACACAGACAUGAGAGAAGUUUCGAUCUUCUUGUCUAACUUUUAGCAAGAAAGUGAAUAAGUGUAUUUCCUGAAAUGUACUGUAGACGGUUUGGGUUUAUUGCUUCAUUCAAAGAUUUCGUUUCAAUCGCUAACUAUUACCAUGUAUCAUUAUCAGUAUAAGGUCACAUGCCAAAGGAACAACCAACAAAUUCUAAAAGGUGUAUAAAUUAAUGUAAUUUGUAUGUGUAUGGUUGUGUACAUAUGAAACCAAUGGAAAUGUUGGAAUAUCUUGGGAUUGUGUAUUUGAUGGAUGCAGGCAUUUAUGGAAGUGUUGAUGCUGCCGAUCGACUUCUCUGGUGUUUGGGAAAUACUGCAAGCUUUCAGCUGUAUUGUUCUGUGACCUUCACUCCAUGUGUGCAUUCUUCAAUUCCACUUAUCUAACAUUACCGCAAGAAGCCAUAUUGAAAGCUGAAUGUGUCUUAUCUCCUGUAUCCUGCGUACCACAGUUGUAUUGAGUUUGCAUUAUUUCUGUAUUCUAUAUGCUCUUAUCACCAGAUGGGUAUCUUUAUAUUGUCUCUCUCAGCAGAGGCUCUGAACGGCUUUCUCGGUUUAGCAUUUGGGCUCCCAGUAGCAUUUUCUUCUCAAGGGUAAUGGGACAGAUUAGCACACACACUGAAUGGUUGUGAUAAUCCCUCCACCAGGUUCACAUCAUGGCAGAUGUACUUGUCACCUCACCACUGCAGCACUGAUAUGAAGAGCAGAAGACUGUUACGUCUACCAGAUGCAAGAUACAUAUUUCAUGUAACAUGAAACAAUAUCAGUUAAAACAGAGUCCAUAAAAGGAUUUAGGUCACUUUUAGUUACUGUUUUAUGUGAUGUUUCUUCAGGGGUUUUAUUUAGAGGAUCAGUGAAACCAAAAUUUCAACCAAAAAGCUGUUGUUUUUAAAUUAAUUUUCAGGUGUACCAGAUUAACUAAAUGUCAUGUAACACUAUGGUGGUUACCAUAGGAUGCAAAGGUCUCCCAAGGUGACAUCACACAUGGAAACUGUAUUUAUGUGAAAUAUUUAUCAUGAUAUUUUCUCAAAUAUAAACUAUUUAUAUUUC